AGCAUCAGAAUUUUCACGUUCAUGAAUUAACGGAGGUGCUGCAGUUCGUCGCCUUUUAUGUCCAAAUUUCAGCAAUGUUCAUUUGUGUCCCAUCAUAGAAAUUGAAUAAAAUCUACAAAUCUACUGUAGAAAUAUCUCAAUUCCAUGGUUCACAUCUCGGCUUGUUCUGUACUAUCCAUAAAUUCAAUUUCUUGGCAUACUCCGGGAAUAGUACAAGAAGGACAAGAUGGCUGAAAGAGCAGGCGAACUGAAGGUGAAGCGGAGGUCGGCAAAGGGGAAGUUCACAAGGACUUUGAAUCAAGUUAAGGCCCUGAUUGACAGUGAAAGAUCCAGCAAAGAGGUUGAUGAGGGCUUUCAGGAAUGUCAGAAAUGCUACAAGGAUCUGGAAGAGAAGCAUGACGUAUACUGUGAGCUUCUUGAUGAUUCGGCAUAUGAAUCAGAGCAGGCAUGGAUAGAAGAUUGCAUGAAUAACUUCAUGCAAGUGAAAGCGAAGGUUUGUGACUACCUCGAAAACAAUAGCAUUGGAAAUAUCAGCUCUGGAGGAGUAAGAAAUGCAACUCAAUGUAAGGUGCAGGUUGAAAAACCUAAGUUACCCAGGUUUUCAGGAGAUAUUAGAGAAUAUCAAACUUUUAAGUCCGACUUCAAGCAUCUCAUUGAAACCAGAUAUGCCGAAAGGGAUUGCAUAACAAUUAUGCGUACUAGCCUGCAAGGGAAACCACUGGAAAUAAUUCAAGGGAUAGGAACCGACUAUCAAGCAGCAUGGGAGCAACUUGAUAUCAUUUACGGUGAUCCGAGGAAUCUAGCCGAUGCUAUCAUAUCUGACAUCACAAAGUUCAAGAACUUGAAGGACGGUGAGGAUGCAAGGUUCAUCGAGUUUGCCGGAUUAGUUAGGAGGAGUUACAACACUCUGAAACAGAUAAAUAAGGAAGAGGAUAUGAACAAUUCUCAUAUGUUGGCGUUGAUAGAACGGAAGCUUACAAAUGAAGAUCGUAAGAUUUGGUUACGUCUGCAGAGGUCACCCACUUUAAAGGGCUUGAUGGAUUGGAUGAGCGAGGAACUACAGACUCGCAUUCGGGCGACUGCAUCCAUUCGAGAAGGAAUGUCAGGUAACAGGACCAAGCAAGGUGCAUCCAUACACCAAGUUAUGAACCAAGACGAAGGCAAUGAUGUGGUUCGUAAGCAUGACUUUAAGUGUUGGCACUGUAAAUCCAAUGAUCACUGGAUUGAUAAGUGUCAAAUGAUUAUCAGAAUGAGCCAACCAGAAAGGUACGACUUGAUGAAGGCGAACAGAGCGUGCUUUAGCUGUCUGAAGCGGGCCAGCAAGGAACACCGCAUGACCACAUGUAGACGAAGAAGGAAGUGCGACCAAUGCCCCUCAUAUCAUCAUCCUUUGCUGCAUUCAACAAUCGAAAAAAGGGAGUCUACAGUGGACGUGGCAAGUAUCGGAUCAAGUGAGACUCUGUUACCAAUACUGUCAGUCAAGGUUCGAGGUACGAAGGGAGCGGUCAUUGGUAACUGUUUGUUGGACUCUGGGUCUCAAGUGACACUCAUCAGGACGGAGAUUGCAAAGACGCUUAAUCUAGAGGGUGAUCCAAUCCAAGUCGUGAUCACAAAAGUUGGCGGAGACAGAGAGACUGCUGAUUCCAAGUUAUAUCGGGUUAAGCUUGAGUCUUUGGAUACCCAUAAAGUCAUUGUGGUACAAGCUAUCGGACUAGAUGUCAUCAACGAUAACAUCACAGGUGUUAAUGUUAGAGAGUUAGCAAGAAUUUUCCAUCUUGACAAACUCUACAGAGGUUCUGGACCAAUUGAUCUACUCAUCGGUGCCGACUAUGCAAAACUUCAUCUUGGGGAUGGAAAGCCAAGAGAGAGAGGACAUCUAGUUGCUAAGCGAACGCCACUAGGCUGGGUGGUGUUUGGUGGUAAACCAGGCCAGAAGGGUGGAAACGUACUUAAUGUACAAGUUAUCAGAAAUCCCAUUGAUCUGCAGGAUUUUUGGACGACAGAGUCUAUGGGAGUGGCCUGUCCAGAUAAGGAGGUAGAUGAACAGAAGUUUAUCAUCAAGGCUUGUCAGAAGAAAGGACAACAGUGGCUGGUUCCAUAUCCAUGGCAGAGAAACCCAAAGGAACUGCCAGACAACAAGGUACUGGUGGAAAAAAUGCUCUGUGCUACAGAGAAAAUGUUGCUGAAGGAUGCCGAGCAUGCCAAAGCCUAUGAUAAUCAAAUCAAAGAAAUUGUACAGAUGGGUUUCGCAAGGAAAGUGACAAAUGAGGAAAUGGAGUCGUAUGAGGGCCCUGUGCAUUAUAUUCCUCAUCAUGCAGUGUUGCGACCGGAAAAGAAGAGUACACCGAUAGGAAUUGUCUUCAAUUCCUCUUCAGUGUAUGCUGGCAAGUGUCUCAACGACUUCUGGAUGAAAGGCCCUGACCUCUUAAAUAACUUGUUUGGAGUCAUCCUACGUUUCCGGGAGAGGUCAGUAGCAGUUUGUGCAGAUAUCUCAAAAAUGUACCACAUGGUGCUAAUACCCAAGUCUGAUCAGCACGUACACAGGUUUUUAUGGAGGAACUUGCAAGUGAACAGAAAGCCUGAUACGUAUGUGAUGCAAGUCGUGACGUUUGGAGAUAAGCCGGCUCCAGCAAUGGCGCAGACAGCACUGAGACUCACUGCAGAAGAAGGCCGCGCUCAGUCUCCAGAGGCUGCAGAUGUAUUGAAAAGAGAUACAUACAUGGAUGACAUCUGCACAUCUACAGAUACGAUAGAGCAAGCUAAAGCCUUAACCAAGGACAUUGACAUGAUUCUUGCUGAUGGUGGGUUUAAGGUGAAAGGCUGGACUUCCAACAUACAGCUAAAAGGUCCAGAGGUAAACGAAACGAAGAAAACUAUGAUGGAAAGUCUAGCAGAGGAGAAGGUGCUAGGAGUCUUCUGGGAAAGAGAGAAGGAUGAGUUCUCUUACAGAGUGAAAAUUGACAAGUUCAUAGAUAAGAGACUAACCAAGAGAAUCAUCCUCAGUCAGGUUGCCCGAAUCUUCGAUCCGAUUGGCUAUACAGCACCGUUUGUCAUCCGGGCAAAAAUUGGACUACAGCAACUAUGGGAAAAUGGCUAUGACUGGGAUGCAGUUCUUCCAGAUGAAUGUCAAAUGGAAUGGAAAAGAUUCUUUCAAGAAAUGGAAGAGCUCAAGGAGGUAACAUUUGAAAGAUGUCUGACUCCGAAAGAGGCAGUGGGUAAGCCGCUGCUCUGUAUCUUCAGUGAUGCUUCGAUGCAUGCCUUCGGAGCGUGUGCAUACCUGAGGUGGGAAAUGGAUGGUGGAGGCUACAUGACUAGAUUUGUGGCAGCAAAAUCACGAGUGGCACCACUCAAGCCACUAACAGUUCCACGCCUUGAGCUUCAGGCUGCAGUUCUUGCGAGUAGGUUAUAUAAGACGAUAUUGGAGGAGCUGAGGAUUGAAAUUGAGGAUGUCAUUUUAAUGACAGACAGUACGAUCGCCCUCUCGUGGAUUAGAGGUAGGGCAAAAACCUUCAAGACGUUUGUUGCAACAAGAGUGGGAGAAAUCCAGACCAGCACAGACCCCAGCAAAUGGAGACACAUCUCUGGAGAAAGCAACAUAGCAGAUGUGUUAUCAAGAGGACUGAAGGCAAGUGAGCUGGUGGGGUCAUGGCAACGGGGUCCAGACUUUCUUCAAAAGUCAGCAUCUGAUUGGCCCGACGAAGUCAAGGUUCGUGAGGACCUUCCUGAUGUUGAGAAGGAGAGGCGUAACGAGAAGACAGUUCUAAAUGUGUCUCAGAGUUAUCAUCUGAUUGAUUACGAGAGGUUCUCUAACUGGAGGAAACUGGUCAGAGUAGCAGCAUUGGUGAUAAAGUUUGUAAAGAAACUCAAGGCCAGACGGCAGAAUCAGGAAAAAGAGACCAGUACAAAGAUUACGCCCACAGAACUAGAUGACGGAGAAAAGUACAUCAUCAGAGAUGUACAAAAUGGCAUGGAGUCUCGAAUCAAGAAAGGAGAGCUGAAGUCUUUGAGUCCAUUCAUUGAUGACUACGGCAUCAUACGGGUUGGAGGCAGGAUAGAUAAAGCGAUUACGUCAUUCGAGCAGAAGCAUCCUGCCCUGCUUCCAUAUGGACAUCAUGUUUCAAGACUGAUUACUCGUCAUGUACAUGAGACGAGUCACAGUGGAGUAGCUGCAACCAUGGCAAAGAUAAGACUGAAAUACUGGAUUCUUCAUGGUCACAAACUUGCCAAGACAGUUAAGUAUAGAUGUACCAGGUGCAGAGUGUUUCAGCACAAGACAGAGACCCAACAGAUGUCAGACCUACCAAAAGAGAGAUUGGCCCCAAGUACACCACCAUUCCACUUCACUUCAUGUGAUUAUUUCGGGCCGCUAACGGUGAAAGUGGGACGUAACAAGACAUCAAAAUAUUAUGGGGUGAUAUUCACCUGCUUGAACACUCGUGCUGUUCAUCUGGAACUGGCAGUGGAUUGCAGUACGAUGGAAUUCAUACAGGUGCUAAGACGUUUCUUCUCUAUCAGAGGACAACCAACGAUGAUCAUGAGCGACAAUGGUACCCAGUUCAUAGGUGCAGAACGAGAACUAAGGAAGAUGACGGACGGAAUGUCUGACAACGAGCUGAAGGACUUUUGUGCAGAGAGAGGCACUACAUGGAAGUUUGUAACUCCAGGGGCACCACAUCAAAACGGGUGCGCUGAAUCUUUGGUCAAGAGCUGCAAGCAUGCAUUGAAAAGGGCGAUAGGUGAUCAAGUGUUGUCGCCUUUUGAACUGUAUACAUGCUUAGUGGAGGUAUCGAAUCUUGUCAACCAAAGACCUAUCGGCCGACUUCCAACUGAUCCAGACGAUGGCAGCUAUAUCUCACCGAACGACAUACUUCUAGGACGAGCUUCGAGGAGCGUAGCGCAAGGCCCAUUCUUGAAGACGCGAAAUCCAAGACACAGAGUGGAACUGGUUCAGCGCAUUGUAGAUUCUUUCUGGCAACGGUGGACAAGGGAUGUUUUGCCACUGUUAGCUCCAAGACGGAAGUGGAAUGUUCAUCGACGCAAUGUCUGCGUUGGGGAUGUAGUAAUGCUCGCCGACAUGAACUCUAUACGCAGCAAGUGGACAAUCGCUCGCGUGAUUGAAGUUUACCCAGGUGACGACGGUAAAGUGCGGAAUGUGAAAGUAAAGACUAUGAAUUCCGAAUAUCGUCGUCCAGUAACCAAGUUAGCAGUAAUCUACCCUGUUGAGGGAUACGAAGAUUAGUACAUAAGGAUUGUAAGUUUUGAAACAAUUUAUCUGUAGCGCGAAUUUGGCUGAUUUUUGUUUGUUUCAAUUUGUAAUGAGGACAAUCCCCUCAUUGGGCGGGGAGGAUGUUUUGGUAAGAAGCUGAAUAUAUGAGAAAAUUUAAUCCUUCAGAAAGGCUAAAUUGGAGAGAAGAUUAAACUUUGGAAAAAAGUGAUUUGUUUUGGAUUAAACGCCAUAUAAAUAUUGUAACGUUUGUUUUAAUUAUUUAUCUCAAAGAUACCUUAGCAAAUUUGUCAACACGUCAAUUUACAGCAGUGCGCUAUCUUCAGCAUCAGAAUUUUCACGUUCAUGAAUUAACGGAGGUGCUGCAGUUCGUCGCCUUUUAUGUCCAAAUUUCAGCAAUGUUCAUUUGUGUCCCGUCAUAGAAGUAAGUUUCGUAGAUUAAUCAGAUAAUAGGGGAGAUAAUGUGUUGAUUAUAUAAUUAUGACAAAAAACUCAAAGAGAGUUAUUGACGAAAAACAGAAGUAAAAAUUCAUUAUAAAUGUACACGUGAAAAGAGGUUGAAGUUAGAAGACAAUUUUUUGGCUCAAAAGGCUCGUGUGAAAUCUAAUCACAAUUGUCUUAAAUGCAUAUAACUGAAAUUUGUGUUAUAAAGUAAAAGUUUCAAGAUGUCUAAAAUCUGAAUAUUUAAUUAAUGAAAAGCUUCAGUUGAAAGCUUUGUUUAGUUUUUUGGAAGCAACUGGUUAUGUUGGAAAAUGUGAAUAUAAACAUUUCCAGGAAGUUUAGUUCGGUUUGGAUUCAUAAUCUAAGCAAAAGCAUGAAAAUACAAGACUUCUUUUUUAGUGAGAAUGAAGAGACAAAAUAUCUGGGUUAUUUUCAUAUUACAAAGAUUAUAUUGUAUUUUAAAGCAUAUCUAUGCUUAAGACAAGUUGUUCAUUGUGAGGUGAAAGUGCAUAAAUAUAGAUCUAUACAAAAGGAUACAAAAACAUGGUCAUGAGUCUGAUACAUGAACGUUUGGUGAACUCAUGAAGUGUAUUUUGAAGAGGUAGAAAUAAGUUUCUGGCAAAACUAGUUUUGGUUCAUGAAUAAUUGCAUGUGCAUUUAAUUUAGAGAAAACCAGUUUUAAAAGCUAUUAGGGAUUUGUUUCGGCAUAGUUGGACUCAACUAUGCGUUGUUGGCGCCCUGCCAAAAUUGGGCAUUGAUUUUUUAUGCCUUUUAUAUAAGGAGUGAUUUUGAUAGAAAAUAAUAUUGUCUGCUACAUUCAGACUUUCAGUUGGUUUAUAUUAGUCUUAAUCCAUGCUUUUACUAUAAACAAUGAAAGUCAAUCUUGGUCAGAAUAUUUAGUAAUACUUUGAUGGACAAAUGUAAAUGCAUCAAGACCAGGUUACACAAGAUAUUCAUAUUUAAGUGCAUGUUUUAAUUCAGGAUGAGAUGACUCAAAAUAUGCUGUUUUGUUUUAUCAUUUCAGAUUGAAUAAAAUCUACAAAUCUACUGUAGAAAU